AUGGCAGGACAACAGAUUAUAGCGACAAAGCCAUUUGAGGGCCAAAAGCCCGGUACAUCUGGCCUCCGGAAGCGCGUAAACGUGUUCCAGCAGGAGCACUAUACUGAGAACUUUGUCCAAUGUAUCCUCUCUGCGAUUCCCAGUGGCGCGAAAGGUGCUACGUUAGUCGUGGGCGGUGAUGGCCGUUUCUUCUCUCAGCCUGCGGUUCAAAAGAUUGUGCGGCUUGCUGCUGGGAAUGGAGUGGCUAAGCUGAUCAUCGGCCAGAAUGGUAUCUUGUCGACUCCCGCAGCCUCACAUGUGAUUCGUCUUCGCAAGGCCACUGGUGGUAUCUUGCUCACAGCCAGCCACAACCCCGGUGGUCCCGAGGCAGACUUUGGCAUCAAAUACAAUAUGGAGAAUGGCGGUCCUGCACCAGAGGCUGUGACGAACCGCAUAUAUGACCUCUCGACCAAGAUCGACCACUAUGUCGUCGAAGCCGGCCAUGAUGUAGACUUGUCGCAAAUUGGCACGACGUCAUUCGGCUCCUUGGAGAUUGAAAUUAUCGAUUCAGUCAAAGACUACGUCGAGUAUCUGGGCCAAAUUUUCGAUUUCGGUCUGAUCAAGUCGUUCUUGUCUACUGGCUCGUUCAAGGUCCGGUUUGAUGCGCUCCACGGCGUCACAGGUCCCUACGCUCACGCACUUUUUAUUGACGCCUUUGGCUUGCCUGAAUCGUCCGUGCAAAACUGCGUGCCAUUGCCAGACUUUGGCGGCGGUCACCCAGACCCGAAUCUGACAUACGCGAAGUCGCUGGUACAGGCCGUAGAGACAGAAGGGCUAGACUUUGGUGCUGCAAGCGAUGGCGAUGGUGACCGGAAUAUGAUCUUGGGCAAAGGUGCAUUCGUGAACCCGAGCGACAGUGUCGCUAUCAUCUCCGACUGGGCCGAGCGCGCGAUCCCCUAUUUCCGGUCGGGUGUGCGUGGUCUCGCUCGCAGUAUGCCGACGAGUGGCGCCGUUGAUCGCGUGGCUAAGGCACAUGGCUACGAGUUCUUUGAAGUACCCACAGGCUGGAAGUUCUUUGGUAAUUUGAUGGAUGCUGGGCGCCUAUCCAUUUGUGGCGAAGAGAGCUUUGGCACGGGUUCCGACCACAUCCGCGAAAAGGACGGUCUGUGGGCUGUUGUCGCCUGGCUCAGUAUCCUUGCAUACGCGAACAAGGAACGCCCAGGUACGUCAGUGUCAGAUGUGCUGCAAGCGCACUACCACAAGUACGGCCGGAACUUCUUCAGCCGCUAUGACUAUGAAGAAGUUGAUAGCGCGGGUGCGAACGCGAUGAUGAAUGAUCUGCGAAGCAAGUUCACGGAUCCAAACUUUAUCGGCACGUCUUUGGGCGCAUUUAAAGCUGCACAGGCCGGCGAUUUCUCUUACACUGACCCUAUUGACCACAGCGUCAGCAAGAACCAGGGCCUGUAUGUGCGCAUGGAGGAUGGCUCGCGCAUCGUGUUCCGUCUUAGUGGCACCGGUAGCGCGGGUGCUACGAUUCGUCUGUAUGUGGAAAAAUACACGUCCGUUGAGCGUGAAUAUGCGACCGACGUUCAGCAGGCCCUCAAGCCGAUCAUUCAGGUUGCGUUGGAUCUCAGUGCUCUGCAGCGCCACACCGGCCGUGAGCAGCCUACUGUGAUUACAUAG